AUGCCUCUAUUCCCAUUUCCCAGCCUGACCUCAUGUGUCCUCCUUGCGACUGCUUCAGUGGUCGCAUAUACACUAAUUCUAAUUGUCUACCGGCUCGUUUUCCACCCACUUCGCAAGUUUCCAGGUCCAGUCUUCGCGGCCGCAACAUACUGGUAUGAAUUCUACUACGAUCUGAUUGCCGGGCCAUUUCCUGGCCAAGGAGUGUAUAACAUCGAGCGUCUACAUCGGAGAUACGGUCCCAUCGUACGCAUCAGCCCCGAUGAGCUCUCCGUCAGUGACCCAGACUGGUUCGACGUGCUCUACAAGUCUGGCCGCCGCAACAAGUGGGCCAAGAACUCCAAAGCAAACGGCAGUCCAGGUAGCAUUGCCUCGACGAUCCCUCAUCAAUUGCACAAGGCGCGACGGGCGCCUCUUGCGCCGUUCUUCAGCAAGCGGGGAGUCGAUAACCUUGAAAGCGUUGUUCGACAGAAGGUUGACCAGUUGACUCAUGGCAUUGAAGAAGGCUACAUGAAGAGAGGAAAAAUCCUUCCUGUCGGUGUGGCGUUCACAGCUCUCACUCUGGAUGUGAUAAGCGAUUAUUGCUUUGGACAGAGUUGGAGGUGUCUGUUCGCAGAAGACUUCGCUCCGGAAUGGAAGCGGGUAAUGACGAAUCUGUUUGAGCCAGUGCCAAUCGUCAAGCAAUUUCCCAUCCUUGUCCAGAUCAUGGACGCGCUUCCACUCAAAGUGAUCAAGAAGCUGGACCCAGACAUGGGCCUUUUCCAUGGAGCAAAGCGUGAUGUCCAGAGACAAGUCGAGAGAGUCAUCGCGGAAUAUGAAGAUCGGGCUGCCACACCCCGGACCAUCUUUCACACAGUUCUCGAUAGCUCGCUACCAGCCGAAGAGAAGACGGUGCAGAGGAUCACGGACGAGGCCUACGUCAUGGUAGUAGCCGGAGGCGAGACCACCGCCAAGACUCUGACAAACGUUAUGUUUCAUUUGCUGGCCAACCCGGAGUGGCUUGCACGAGUGCGCGACGAGGUUGACAGUGUGAUGCCGGAUCGAGAGGUGCUGCCUCAUUAUGGUGUCUUUGAGCAGCUCCCAUACCUAAGUGCAUGCAUUAAAGAGACGCUACGAAUCAGUGCGCCGGUGACGAACCGGGUACAAGUCCUGGAUGCGGAGCAUGAGCUUGUGUACAAUGAGUGGGUGAUACCAAAGGAGACUCCUGUGAGCAUGAGUGUUGUCGCCGUCCAUAUGGACUCGCGAAUCUUCAAGGACCCGUACACCUUCGAUCCGAGCAGAUUCUUGGGUGAGCAGGCCAAGAUCAGUAAUGCAUAUUAUAUGCCAUUCCAUCGAGGGUCUAGGAAUUGUCUGGGCAUGAACCUCGCAUACGCGGAGAUAUAUCUCGGGACUGCGGCCAUGGUGAGGCGCUUCAACCUUGAAUUGUACGAUACUGUGCGGGAAAGGGAUGUCGAUACUGUCAGAGACUGCUUUGUGGGGAUGGCGGUGCCUGGGUCGAAAGGGGUGCAGUUGAGAGUGGUCGGGAAGAGAGUCUGA